AGGCCGCCGUACGGAGCAGUAGUAAGUAGUUCGGCACAGCUAAAUCUGGCCUUGUUUCGCCCUCCUGCUCAUCAUCGCCCGCUUCCACGCUCCCCUUUACCCUCCAUUGCCGACCAUCCCGGCUCUCAGCAACGAAGAAGCCGACUCUCACGAUGGCCGAUUAUCUAUAUGAUCUUCUAGCCCCUCAUCUGGCCUCGACGAAGGCUGCCACCGCCCUCUCCGAUCCGGAUCGCGAUACAACCACCGCACAAUACCUGAAUCGUCUCCCUACGCUCUCCCUCCAAGCAUUACAAUCCACGGAACCUCAAUCCCUAACUCAGUCCUCUCAUUCUACCCUUCUGUCGCUGCAAGCUCUGUCAAAUCGCUCCCACAAGACCUUUGUCACCUCCGCAGAUGGCCUGUCCAAUCUCCGCGCGUCCAUCCCCCAGUUGGCCCGGAACGCACAGCAACUGCGAGAUGCGGUCCCGAAACUCGAUGAAGAGGCAGUCCGAUUCUCGUCCAAAUACAGCCGAGCAGCGGAGAAUGUCGCUCUGGAGCAACGGAAGAAGGUGAUGCAGCUGGCGCGGAAUGUCGACCGGUUGUCCGAUAUCCUCGAGCUCCCCACGCUGCUCGCAACAGCUGUCUCUUCCGCGGCCGCUAAUUCGGCAACGACAGGCAGCUCGGUCUCCACGACGUAUUCUACGGCAUUGGAUCUGUACGCGCAUAUCAAGCGGUUACAGACACUCUAUCCCGAUUCCCCGCUCAUCAAAGAUGUAGUCUCCCAGGCUGAGGAUGCUAUGAAGGACAUGACGUCGAAUCUGAUUGCAGGUCUUCGGGCACAGAACUUGCGACUAGCAGCUGCUAUGAGGACGGUGGGUUGGCUGCGUAGGGUGGCACCAGAACUGGAUAACCUCCACCACGAAGGAUCACCGGCUGCGGCGGAGGGCGCAUUGGGGGCUAUUUUCCUGAUCUGCAGGCUGGCGAAUUUGAUCACGAUGCUAGAAGCUCUGGAUCCUCUACGGGAGCUGGCCGAUCAGGAGACACAGCGCAGGGCUCCAAACACAGACAAGAAGAAUGGGGCGACGGAGACCUGGUCCGAAGGACACCAGACGGAGAAGUAUCUGAAACGGUAUAUCGAGAUCUUUCGCGAGCAGAGCUUUGCAAUCGUCUCUCUCUACAAAAACAUCUUCACUCCAGAUCAAUCGGAGUCAGAGCUCGCCGUGACCGGCUUACGGGGCAUCGAUGCGCGGAUCAAAGCUGCGGCAUCGCGACCCUCUCACCCAGAGGAUCCACUCCAGUGUCUUCCACCGGCACUUGCUACCUUCCCAAUGCACCUAAUACAACUGUUGACGGACACCUUGCGCACCUAUCUCCCCAAUGUCCGGGAUAAAAGCUCCCGAGAGAGUCUCCUGACCCAGGUCUUGUACUGUGCUGCCAGCUUGGGUCGACUAGGGGGUGAUUUUGGCAUGAUUCUGACCGAGCUCAGCGAGGCAGCGGAUGAGGAGCAAGAGGACGACGAUGCCGAUGACGAUGACUUGGCUUAUGAAUGGGAGGAAGUGACUCGGAAACACAGAGCCUUGGCAGGACGCUUAGAGCAGCUGACAGGAGGUGCAACUCCCGGGUCCUCGGCCAAAGGACAUUCGUCGCGACAAGCCUUGCCUACGCAAGGAGAUAUUUGAGUGGUAGAUGCCCUAAAGAAUCUUUCACCACUUCUUCCACAGGCUGUGCAAAGUGCUAUUCUUGGAGACGGCAUUUGCUUUGGCUCGUCCCUUUCAAAAGGGGAAGUUCGGGCCUCCCCGGGCGGCACUAACCGAAUGGAGCAAGGCCUCCGCCCGGGUUGCUGGUCCGGCCGUCAUCUCAUCUCAUCCUCCCUCCUCACCUCUCCUUCUCCCUCAAGACUUGCUUUCGGCAACAUCCUUGGUCUACUUUUCCCCAUUUAUCUCUGUAUCUUUUCCUGGGGAUAUUUCA